AUGGAGGCAGGCACGCGUGCAGAAGUCGCGGCCUUGUUGGAGAGCUCUCAGGAGCUGGGGACCAAGGUGGAAAAAGUGGUGCAGGUGCUGACGAGCGCAGGUCUUGCGUACAAGCGAAGGGAGCCUGUGACGGCUAUGCUUGUGCAUCCAAAAAAUCGCGGAGGGCUGAUGGUGCAACCACACGAUGCACAUGCCAAUGGCAGAGUCAUGCUUGAGGCCGGGCUGCGGCGGGAGCUCCUGGAAGCUGGCAGCGUUUGCUUCGAGAUGAGCAGCGAUGCCGCGUUGCGCGAGUCGCAGUACGUGGCCAACGAGCGCGUAGUCGCGGCAGCAGAGGGAAUGCUGGCGCCCGUGACCCGAACGGAACGGUUUCUGACCGUGGCGGGGUCGCACACAGCGGCUUUUUUGAAGGCGACGGUGACAGGCGCGCGUGCUGCGGACGGUAGCAGCCUGGGCGCCCUUGUGGCGGGGCGCGAGCCGGACCACCCGGUGAACGUGCUACUUCGCGACGGCUGGGAAUGGUUGAUCAUUUCCUCUUCUGUUGAGGCGAGCUUUCCAGAGCUGGCGACUGCAUUCCAGCAGUCGUACAACACGGCGCACGCUGCUGCGAAGGUUCUGAGUGAGGUGGAGUGCAUGCAGACUUUUGCAAGUCUGUUCAUGCAGAAGAGAGCACAUGGCUGCUUGACCGAGGAAGAGCGCAAGGACGCUGCCAUGGAGCAGCUCUUGCUGUCGAAGCCAGCGUGCGCGAAAUACGCGGGUAGCUUGGCGCAGUACGUUUUGUUGUACGGCGGGGGAGAAGGUGAGCGGUUCCCGCUGGUUGAGUUUUUGGCUUGCUUUAGCAAGGUCUUCGGAGCAUCUAUGAUGCUGGGGGAGGAUUUCGUGCGCGCAGUGGUCGCGACAGAAGUGAAGGGGCAACUUCUGCCGAUGUUGAGGUGCGCCUUGCUGGCAUGCCAGCUUACGGCGCCGGUGCAGAAAUGCAGGGAUGGGUUUGCGCGACUUCUCUUGCCGAGCGACGCAGAGAAGCUACGCGGGGCGGCGCUCUCGCAGCGGGUGGCGGAGACCGAGGACUGUCUGGCGCGCGCUUGGCCGCUGUACCUGCAGGCGGCAGCCUUGGCGGAAAAUGGGGAGCCUCUGAAGGCUAUGGGCCGCUUGAUGGUGCGAGCCGUGCUCAUGCUACUGCAGAAGCAAAAGGCGGGAAGGGAGGCGCGUGUCUACGCGAACUUGGCGGAGCUGAGUGCGCUGUUCGCCAAGGAGCUGCAGGGCGAGGCUGUGCCUGCAGCGGCGGCGUCCGGGACCAAGCGCUCGAAGCAGCAGCCGGAGAGAGCUCUGAGCUUGAAGGAGUGCGCCGACCCGGCGGUCGUGGCACUGCAGGGGAACAAGCACCUGGUGCUGGGAGAGCGGUAUACCAACAAGGACCACGCUGCACAAGUCUUCCGCUUGGUGAGCUUGGACGCUGCGGGCGCGGUCUUUCGCGGGCAGCGCUUGUUCGAGCCGGAGCUCGAGGUCCUGGAGGACCUGCAGAAGCUGAAGAGCUGGAAGCGCACGCAAGCUGCGGAGUGUUUCCUUUGUGAGCCUGCAGUGGCUGCAGCUCUGCAGCCGCCGUGCGCCCUCAGCGGCGAAAUCCGCCGACUGCGUGCCCAAACCUUGCUUUGGCAGCACUUUGAGCAGCAUAGCUGCGGCACGGUGCUGUUUGCAGCCAAUCCGUGCGCGAUUUACGCGGAUAAGACCUACAAGGCGAAGAAGCUGAAGCUCUGGCCUGGGGGCACACUUGCUGCUCUCAAAGAGGGGGAGGCCAAGGAAGGUGCAGUCUUGGUGCAGUUCGAGGGCGAGAGUUUCGCUGUGCAGCCUGUGCGUCCCACCGCAGACUUUGCGAAGGCAAGCGCCCUUGUGGCGUUCUGGUGGGCGUACAAGACGUCCGACGAAGGCAACUUGCAGCUGACGAGUGCGAAAAUCGCAGGUCUGACCGUGCCGGUGCUGACGAAUGAGCAGGAACUGUUGAAGCAUGAGCUCCUGCAGCUGAAAGCUACCGACCAAGGCUCGCCGAAGAAGCGCGCCAAGAAGGCGGCGUGA